AUGGGCAUCCAAUCGAGUUGGAAUUGUACAGAGAAGAUCGGCACGGCUUCUCUAAAUGAUCCAAAAGUAACUGCCUGUUUCUUUUGUACAUUCUCCGCCACAAUUCGUCUCACAGUGGACGCCGGUGCAGCCAAACCCGGCCCACCAGUCGGCCCAGCUCUCGGUCAAUACAAACUCAACUCCAUGGCAUUCUGCAAAGACUUCAACGCUAGAACCCAAAAAUUCAAACCCGGUACACCAAUGGCCGUAACAAUUUCGGCAUUCAAAGACGGUACAUUUGAAUUCACCGUUAAGUCACCGUCAGUUACUUGGUAUUUAAAACAGGCUGCUGGUAUUGAACUUGGAAGUGGUCGACCUGGACAUGUAACGGCGUCGACAUUAACGUUGAUACAUGUUUAUGAGAUUGCUAAGAUUAAACAGAGUGAUCCGUUUUGUCAGUAUAUGCCUUUGGAGUCUAUUUGUAAGUCUAUUAUUGGGACGGCUAAUUCUAUGGGGAUUAAAGUUCAGAAAGAGCUAGACUGAUUGGUAAGGCUGUAUUGUUGUUUUGGGUAUUAUUGUAUUUGGAAAUGAGAGUUGGAAAGUUUGUUAAAGCAAUGAUUUUGUUGUUUGGAUUGUGGAUGUUUUCCUAGCAAUAAAGAUAGUUUUUUUUUGAGGUUUAUUAGAGUUAAUUGAGAAAGCAUAAUGCUUUUGAUUAUGUUGUUAUUGCGAACCUAAGAGCUGAAUGGACUAACACAUGUCGUUUGGGUACUAUGUUUAAGGAAGCAUGAUAUGGAUUAUGGUUGUUUUCCUAGCAAUAAAGAUAGUUUUCUAAAAAGUUUAUUAGAGUUAAUUUGAGAAAGUUUAAUGCUUUUCAUUAUACUGUUAUUGUGAAUCUAAAAGCAGAACAAUUAGGAUUGAAGUUCAGAAAGACCUGGAUUGAUUGGAACUACUGAAUUUUCGUGUGGUAUUUACUUUGUAAGAUUUGGAAAUGAGAGUUGUAGAGUUUGUUAACACAAUGAUUUUGUUGUUAAAGGAAGCAUGAUAUGGAUUAUAGAUGUUUUCCUAGCAAUAAAGAUAGCUUUUUUUGAGGUUUAUUAGUGUUAAUUUGAGCAAACAAUUAGGAAUUUAGGAUUGAAGUUCAGAAAGAGCUGGAUUGAUUGAAACUACUGAUCUUUCGUCUGGGUAAUUAUGUAAUUUUCUUUUUUAGAUUUGGAAAUGAGAGUAGUAAAUUGGUUAAAGUUAUGAUUUUGUGGUUUAAGGAAGCAUUAUAUGGAUUAUGGAUGUUUUCUUUGCAAUAAAGAUAGUUUUUUUUUAUGACAUGGGAACCCGCAGCCGCUAUCCUUCGGGUGCGCACAGGGUAAACCCAGCUCCUGUACAAUAGCUCGCAAACCACACAGGAGAGGUAACCCGCACUAGGCAAGCCCGGUGCGACGAGCUCGACCCAGAAGGCAAAUCCCCUGCUGUCGUAGGCAGGGGGUUUCGAACUUGAGACCUCCAUUAUGAAAGCCCCAUGCUCAACCAACUGAGCCACCCUUGCAGGUUCAAUAAAGAUAGUUCUUUUUUGAAGUUUAUUAGACUUAUUUGAGCAAGUUUAAUGCUUUUCAUCAUACUGUUAUUGUGAAUCUAAGAGCAGAGUAAUUAGGAUUGAAGUUCAGAAAGAGCUGGAUUGAUUGGAACUACUGAAUUUUCAUAUGGGUAAUUCUGUAUUUUUCUUUGUAAAAUUUGAAAUGAGAGUCGUAAGGUUUGUUAAAGCAAUGAUUUUGUUGUUUAAGGAAGAAUGAUAUGGAGUGGAUGUUUACUUAGUAAUAAAGAUAGCUUUUUUGAACUUUAUUUGAGUUGUUAAUUGAGAAAGCAUAAUGCUUUUGAUUAUGUUGUUAUUGCGAACCUAAGAGCAGAAUGGGCUAACCCAUUCUAUUUGGGUACUGAAUUGUUGUUUGGGUACUAUUGUAUUUUGUUUUUUUUGUAAGAUUUGGAAAUGAGAGUCGUAAAUUUGGUUAAAAUAAUGAUUAUGUUGUUUAAGGAAGCAUGAUAUGGAUUAUGGAUGUUUUCCUAGCAAUAAAGAUGUUUUUUUUUUUUUAAAAAAAAGUUUAUUAGUUAUUUGAGCAAAUUUAGUGCUUUUCAUCAUACUGUUAUUGUGAAUCUAAGAACAGAGCAAUUAAGAUUGAAGUUCAGAAAGAGCUGGAUUGAUUGGAACUACUGAAUUGUUGUUUUGGGUAUUAUUGUAUUUUGUUUUUUGUAAGAUUUGGAAAUGAGAGUCGUAAAUUUUGUUAAAGCAGCGAUUUUGCUGUUUAAGGAAGCAUGAUAGGAUUAUGGAUGUUUUUCUAGCAAUAAAGAUAGCUUUUUUUGAAGUUUAUUAGGGUUAAUUUGAGCAAGUUUAAUGCUUUUCAUCAUACUGUUAUUGUGAAUCUAAGAGCAGAAUGGGCUAACACAUGUGAUCAUACUGCCACUCAUUUUCUAUUUUGUGUUAGCAUUAGGGGCAUGUUUUCACAUAGAUAGAGCUGAGGAUGGAAAAUUAGACCUACCAAUUUCUGUUGUUGAUGCAAGUUCUGUUACCAUGAUAGUAUUCCCUCUAAGUGCCAUCUUGGUUAAGGGAAAUGUUCCUGGUCAAGUUAGAGAAGGGAUGGCUGUGGUAAUAAUGGUGUAGUCAAGAAAAUAGUGGUUAGUUAGUUACUAGAGUAAACCUGCUCUAUGGUGUUAAGACAUGCUGAUGCAUACUUGGUGCAUGUUGUCACAACUUAUUUGGAUUUUUGAAUUGUAUGUUAAACUGCCUGUGUUUGGGUGUUGCUAUGGGCAUCCAAUCGAGUUGGAAUUGUACAGAGAAGAUCAGCACGGCUUCUCAAAAUGAUCCAAAAGUAACUGCCUGUGUUUGUCGCAGAUUAUGGCAGAUUCGUUAGUGUUUUCUCAUGGAUUCAUUUCUUUGAAAUUUUAGUUUGUUUUAUUUGAUGUGUUUGCUGAAUUCUCUGUUCUUAAAUUUGGCAUUCAUCUAGGAAGCACUUAGCUAGUUUUCUUGGUCAGAUCCUCCAUUUCUAGUGUUUCCGUUUCACUGAUUUUUUUACCCUUCCAUUGGAGAUUGUUCAUAAUCUUAAUCUUCUAAGAUAGACCUACAUCUAUUGGCCUUAAGUAGGAAUGGGUUCCAUAGCCAACUCUUGCAUCGACUUGGGAAUUUGGUGUCUUCUUAUGUUUGAUUAUCAGUGUCUCUUUGCAUCCCUAAGCUGUUGAAAGUUGAAACCAUAGCUGCACUUAUAUAUAUAUAUAUAUAUAUAUUUGCAUCAUCCAGUUUUUUCUACAUUCUGUUUUACAUUUGAUUUAAGUUUCCUCACAGGAGAUAGUCAGUCCUCAGGUUUGAUCAUUAAUUGCCAUAAACACUGUUCUUUACUGUUUAUACUUACAUCAUAGUAACAGCCUGCAAUUACCGGUAUUCAUUCAGGAUAAAGAAAAAACAAACUAGCUGAAGCCAGAACUUUGUUAGUCCUAUUAUAGCGUCUGACACAAUUCCAAGCACCUUAGCUGGAAGUACGAGUUUUGUUAGUUUAAAAACAUGAAGAGGAUAGGCAGACCGACUGGGAGAACUCUGGGUUUUAGUGACUGACCUUGUCAAUAUAGCAAUUUAUUGGGUACAAAGGAAUCUGAUCUGGACUUUUGAUGCUUCUGUGCUGACAUAAAUCCUUCUAGUUUAGGGGAUGAAAGAAUUUUUUUCCUGCUAUGACAGCAAUAUGUGGUGGGUUGAUUUUGGUGUUAUGGCUUUAUUGAAGUUACUGUUUUAUGUUGUACUACUUUUCUGUAUCCUGGAAACUGGAAAGAUUUGCAUUUUGCAAAUUUUACUUUGGUUGUGGCAGAAUUUAUUGUUGUCUCAUGUCAUUUUGCAAAGUUUAACGGAAGUUUCUUUUCCUCUACUUCCUUUUUUCAUUCACAAGUCAUCUAGAAGUUUUAAGAGGGGACAGUUUACUAGGAAUAUUAAUUUUGUCACUGUGGUUAUCAGGUUCUGAUAAUAUGCUUGCUGUUUUGCAUCAUCUCUUCGUAGUUGUAUUGAGCUAAUAUUGUAUCUGAUGGUGCAUUUCCAACCUGCAUGGUACCAUGAUGGAAGUAUAGUUCAGUAGAAUAGUAAUCUCUUACUAAAAAUAUCUUGGAAGUGGGCAAAGCAAGGGCUAUGUCAAUUUUGGCUAUGGGUAUUUAGUGCGUACCUGCAUGCAGUACUGUCGUCUUUUAUUCUACUCUGUUUAUGAGCACAAGUUUUAUCCACGGUUAUUGGCAGCAAUGGUUGUUGCUCAUCCCUAUUCAUGCUUGUGCAUGAAUUAAGUUUCAUCUUCUUAAGAAUGAUAUGCCCUGCUUAUGGUUGAUCACCGCAGGGUGUAUCACUGGAAUCCUGAAAGCUACUUCUCAAACUUGUAAUCUAGAUAGCUGUUUCCUGAAGAAGUACAAGUCAGUUUCUCUGAAAUCUUGAAAGCUGGUUGUCUGGACUUGUAAAUUUGAUCGAUGUUUCCUAUUUCAUUUUUUUCUCAGCGAUAUGUGAAAAGUUUGAAGAAAAAAGAAUUGUUCGAGUGACUUGUGGCAUACAACAAAAUGCUACUCGUAAUUCAUUGCAUAAAUUGUAUUAAUUCCUAUUACGAUUCAUCGUAUAAAUUACUUCUUUCAUGUUAACAAAAAAACUUAGCUAGAAGGCAUAAGCCAAAUUCCUUCCUAGAGACAUUACUUUGACUCGGUAUGGAUUGAAUGACGCUUAAUCUGAUCUUUUCACUUUCAGUCCAGCAUGAUUAUACUUGUUUUGAGUUGAGGGUCUAUUAGCCUCUCUACCCACAAAGAUAAGGGUAAGGUGUGCGUACAUUCUACCUUCCUACAAUCACGUGUUGGAUUACACUGAGUAUGUUGUUACUAUGAUAUUUUCAAAUAUUCAAGAUUAAAAACUACCUUUGUGGUUGCAGAACUAACAAUUUUUGUUCAUUGUCACAUCAGUAUCAAAUAAUCAAGAAUCUAAAACUACAUUUGUGGUUGCAACUUCAGCAAAUUUCUGAAUGAAAAAGGGUAGUAGUGUCCACAUCAUUGCAAAAAAGGAACAAUGACAUCAUGUGCAAGGUUUUCCAAAACGGACAAAUAAAUACUCCUAACUAAUAAGCCACGGCCAGUCGCCCCUUUGUGCCAAUAAGAGUUAAACAGAUUAUAAGUUCUUGAAAUGACAUGGUCCCCCCUUAUCCAAAAGGGAUAGAUAAUUGAUCCACCACACAAGUUUUAGAGGCUUUGCUGACUAGACGAUAAGAACACAAAAAUGAACAAUGACCAAGAAAACAUCAAUCCUACUUAUUAAAGUACAAAUAAAGAAGAGAAGAAAAAAGAAAUAAAUCUUCAUAUACUUCUGGAUAUGUAAUGAGUUGCUGUGACUUUUCUUAUUUUCUUUCAGUAUCACUAAAACCUCUUUUUAGUUUCUACCAUACGAACUUCUAAAUAUUUUCCCCCUUUUUCCCUCCAAGUCCUUUAAAUAGAAUACUAUGAUUCUUAUGUUACCUGCCAAUACUAUUGUGAAUUGGAGAGUUCAAAUGGCAUGGGUUGACGUAUCUGUAGAAGAUAUGCUGCAAAAUUUUGAGCACACAAAUGAGAAGGUUAAACUCUUUAUAUAGGCCAAGUAUGACAAAGUUCUUAUUGUAGCUUAGAUUAUGCAAUCGUCUUGCAUUUGGGAGUUUAGUGACUUUUCUAUGUAAUUUUUAAUGAUAUUAAAUCAUCUGCAAUGUUUUAGGCUCAGUGUUUGUUUCUAAAUUCAAAAGAUAGAUUUUGGGUAUCAACAAAUUCCAAAUACAACUGUUUUAUUCAUACCCUUGAAAAUUCACCUUCAUGGUAUUCUCCAUGAAUUUUUUGUGCCUAA